UAAAUUCUCGCCAUACUGUACCCUCAAGGCUGUUGAAGCAGUCGGUUGGAAGGAGGGGUGAUUUGAAACCUCGUUUUAGACUGUUUGGAGAAUAAUAACUACAGAAUUUGUUUCCGUUUUUUAAAUAAUAUUCCCCCACGAGUCCCUGGCUGAGCACACAGUACACGUGAGCCGAUUGUUCUCACAACAUCGAUGACGUAACUAAACUUCCCAGCAAAUGCCGUCGAACAUCACAUGUCAGUGUAGCUUGAACUAGCUUAUCACUUGCAGUCGGUAAAAAAUGAAUUUUGAAACACGAGAUAGUGUUCUUUCCUUAACGCGAAAUGUUUGCCAUGUAUUAGAUUACUACACAUUUAGACGGAAUUUGUGAAGAAUUCGUGAAGGACCGUCGCAUUAGCCUAACUAGUGCUAACCAGCCAAGGUGUGUUAAACUAGCUGUCAAAUGGCAAGUAAAAUCAAGUGUGGGUCAACUUAGUUUUGGGGUAACGAAAGAGAAGAUGUCUCCUGUUGCCUGCCUGCUGGUCCUGCUCGCUGUGUCUCAGCUGACUCAGGCCCAGGCCCAGGCCCAGACAAAGAUCUCUCUGCUGGAUCUCACCACCAGCAUUGGGAGCAUCCUCCCCAGCCUCAGCCGGCCUGCCAACUCCAGCCGCAUCUUCUACGGGGUGAUGUUCGACGCAGGGAGCACGGGAACUCGCAUCCACGUUUACACCUUCAUUCAGAAAGACCCUGAGGAGUUGCCUGUUUUGGACAAUGAAAUGUUCCAUUCCAUAAAGCCUGGUCUGUCAGCAUAUGCUGACAUGCCUGAGAUGGGAGGCCACACAGUCAGGAUGAUGCUGAAGGUGGCUAAGAAGACGAUUCCUCGCCUGGAGUGGAAGAGAACGCCUGUGGUGCUCAGGGCCACAGCAGGACUCCGCCUGCUGCCUGCAGGGAAGGCCCAGGCUCUGCUGGAACAGGUCCGAGACGUUUUUGAUGAAUCUCCUUUUCUCAUCCCAGACGACAGCGUCAGCAUAAUGAACGGCACAAAUGAAGGAAUCUUGGCCUGGGUAACGCUGAACUUUUUAACUGGUCACUUGCAUGCUCAGACCAAGAAGACAGUGGGGAUUCUGGAUUUGGGAGGAGGAUCAACUCAAAUAACGUUCCUUCCCAAAUCUCAGAAAACCAUUCAAAGUGCCCCUGCUGACUACAUUGUCAGAUUUGACAUGUUUAACAGUACCUAUGAGCUGUACACCCACAGCUACCUAGGAAACGGACUGAUGGCUGCACGAUUGGCCACCUUGGGAGCUCUAGGGGCUGAAGGGUUGGAGUGGAGGGUCUUCAAGAGCUCCUGUCUGCCUAAGAAGUUCAGCGAUGAGUGGAGUUUCGGAGGGCUGACCUACAGCAUCAGUGGGAUCCCUGAUGGUUUCUCAGGGUACAAGCUGUGCUACCAGGAGGUUCUGAAGGUUGUGAGAGGGGUUGUGCUUCAGCCGUACGAGCUGAAGGACAGCUCCGUCUUCUACGCCUUCUCCUACUACUUCGACAGAGCCGUCGACGCAGGCCUCAUCGACGGGUCUCAAGGAGGGAAGCUGGAAGUCAGAGACUUCAAGAAGAGAGCUAAAGAGGUGUGUAACAAGAUGUCGAAGCACCAUUCCGCCAGCCCCUUCCUCUGCAUGGACUUGACCUACAUCACCUGCCUGCUCAAGGACGGCUUUGGCUUCAAGGAAAACACAGUUCUGCAGCUCACCAAGAAGGUGAACAAUGUGGAGACGAGCUGGGCUCUAGGAGCCACGUUCCACCACUUCCAGAACCUGAAGAUCCACUGAGGGAGCAGAACACACGGGGAACACCAGGGAUCUACCUGACGCGUACAGUGAGAUCCCAGAUCUCCCUCACCUGACUAGCCAAUAGGAGCUGGGAUGGAAAGGUGCAUCGUAGAAAACCCCAGGGAGUGUCUUUAAUUUCUUUCAGCGAUGACUUUGAAAGAUUUCAACUGUGUAUCUUUAUAUCUGAGUUUGCCUUCCUUGAUUUAAUUUUGUCUGAUUUUUGGGGUGAAUUUACUAAAGUGACGUCUCAGUGGCUGGUACCAUAGUCAAGUUACUGUAUCUCAGUUCUCAGUAGCUACUGACCUUGUGGAAGUUCAACACCUACCUUACAUAAAACGCAAGUGAAACACUGACAACUGAUCAAA